AAGGUCAGGGACCACCUGGUCAAGGGCCUAAACCAGGUCAAGGUCCUCCUGGCCAAGGACCACCUGGUCAGGGACCCAGGCAAGGACCACCUGGUCAGGGACCCAGGCAAGGUCAGGGACCACCAGGUCAAGGCCCUAAACCAGGUCAAGGACCUCCUGGCCAAGGACCACCUGGUCAGGGACCCAAGCAAGGUCAAGGACCACCAGGUCAGGGGCCUAAACCAGGCCAAGGUCCCCCUGGCCAAGGACCCAGACAAGGCCAGGGUCCACCAGGUCAAGGUCCAAAAUCAGGUCAAGGUCCUCCUGGUCAAGGACCCACAGGGCAGGGCCCCAGGCAGGGUCAAGGGCCACCAGGCCAAGGGCCACCAGGGCAACAGGCACCCAGACCUGGCCAGGCGGAACCAGCACAGCAGAAAGGUGGCCCAGUUCAACAAGGACCUGGGAAACCUGGACCCAAAGAUCAGGGUCCACAAGCGUCAGGGGCCCGACCUGGUCAGCAAGGAGCUGGAAAGCCUGCAGGCGCACUCUGUCCAUUGUCUGAACACUGGAUCUAAGGAACCACCAAAUUAUAAUAACUGCACUGAGUGUAAGAGCCAGGUCUGCAGCCUCUGUGGUUUUAGCCCACCAGACUCUGCGGGUAAGGAGUGGUUAUGUCUGAACUGUCAAAUGCAGCGUGCAAUGGGAGGGAUGGAUCCUCCCGGUAUGACAAAGCCCAAGCAGGGCUCAGCACCCCCCUCGCCCCAGCGACAGGCAUCCGGCAAGCCUGGCAAGCUGCUCAUAAAGCAGCAGAGCACCACUGACCACGGAUUAACCCCCCCGACCACUCCACGACAGAAAUCCCCGGGUGCUACCUCCCCGGGACCUCUCUCCCCUGGCUCAUCACUGGGAGGGUCACCCAAAAUCGACCCCAAGACGGGUCGCCCCAUUCAGCAGAGGUCCAGUCCUCAGCAGUCUCCCUCUAAAGCCAAGCAGGAGUCCAGCUUCUUUGGUGGGCUAGGAGGUAUAAGCUUAGGCGGCCUCACGGACGCAGCCAAGCCUCCUGCAGCUGCUUCCCAAGCUGCCGAGUCUGUCACCGGCAAACUGUUUGGUGGGUUCGGUGGGCUGAUGGAGUCAUCAAAGCCUCAGCCUCAAGCUGCAUCAAAACAGGAAGAGUCUGUGGCUGGGAAGUUAUUCGGAGGUUUUGGAGGUUUGACAGAGUCAGCUAAACCUCCUGCUGCCGCAUCUCAAAUGUUUAGCUUUGGGUCGUCCCUUUUGAGCUCAGCCUCUAAUCUUGUCACUGGAGAGGAUGACAAAGCACCAGAGUCUCCACCUGGGUCGCCACCAGAUUCUGCACCUGGCUCACCACCUGACUCUCCGUUCUCUGGCCCUGGGUCUCCUCCAGAUUCAGACUCUGCCCCCGACACACCUCCCGCUAAAGCCAAGAAACCUCCAAGAACCAUUUCUGUGGAGCAGGAAGAAAAGGCUUCAGCAGCUCCAGUAGCUCCAGCUCCGGCAGCCAAAGGAAACUGCCCCCUGUGCAAUGUGGAGCUGAGCAUUGGACCAGCAGACACACCUAACUACAGCCUUUGCACCGAGUGCAAGAAGGAAGUGUGCAAUCUUUGUGGAUUCAACCCUACUCCUCACUUAGGA